ACGCACAGAAAGUAGAAGUAGCACCGCACGGGCAAUCAUUACCAUUCAUCACAAACAUAUACAUACACAGAUUUUUGUGUUGAUUUUUUAUCGUUUAAUUAUUGGCAUAAUUAUUGUUGCAUUGUGAACAAAAAAAUUGAAAUAAUAAAUAAAUAAAAUAAUUUAAAAAAACAAAAUAACAAGAACCAACUUGUAACCGACCAAUCAAUCCCACAAAAAAAAACGAAUUUAUUUUUUUAUAAAACGUGAAAGUGGCCAAUGAUUUUUUCUCAUUCGAAAGUUUUAAUUGAAAAAGUUUGUCAUUGAGAGUGUGUUUGUAAAUGAAAGUGAAUAUACAACAACAAAUUUAACAUUAAAGUUCAACAAGUCACAAUUAUUUAGGGAAAAUUAUAGACCUUAUGUGAAAGCCUCUGUGGUAUUUAGCUGCAUACGCGACAAUAUUUCGAACCACACACCAAUCCAUCAAAGUUGCCAAGGAGCUAUUUACAACGUCUCAUACCAAACAAAAAUGAAGCAAAAUAAUUAAAAAAAAAGUGAACAAUUAAAUCAAGAAAAUAUUUUACCCCUAUAAUUAAAAAACAAAAUUUCUCAACGGAAUAUACUUCCCUCGCAAACAGGGACUGAUUGACGACCAAAGCAAACGAACAACCACGGAACUGUUAGUUCAUUUAAACCAAACUAAAAAAUACCAUAAAAAACGAGUUUUAUAGCGCCUUUAAAUUACUGUUAUUGAAAGACCGCGGACAAAUUUAAUUUGAAAUGGGUCGCCGCAAGGAUAAACCACGCCUUAUCCCAGAGCAGGAUAAACGCAUUUGCCGCGCCAUAUGCCUCUGCCAACUGACCAUGGUGCUGUCCUGUGUGUCCAUUGUUUAUUUGAGUGUGGCUAUUUAUUCGCCCUCAUUCAAAGCCUUCAAGUCUGGUUUUGAACUGGAUCCGGUAAUGUGCCAAACACACAACUCUGAAAUGCCAGACAGUCAUUGUGCCUGGGCAUCGUGCGGCGAAUGGUGUCUAACACGAACCAGUGGCUUUUGUCCGCAGAUAUAUUCAACAGUACGACGAAACGGCACCGAUGUGCAAUUUAACAAUUGUUCAAAGAAGUUUUUUUCAAAAACGACAUGUCCAAUGCCUGAUAUGAAAACUUUGGCAAAGUUCAAUUGCAACAAUGGUACCGAGUGCAAUCAUUUGAAAGGCGUAUUUAACUGUACUAAUGGACACUGUAGAAAUAUGACUCAAUCAUUCCUGUGUCACCACAAGGCCGAUGGACCAGUUAUCAAUUCAGCCAAGGAUAACACCAAACUAAAUGGUUUCUUUGAAUGCAAGGGCAUCCAUUGUACAAAAAUCCGAAAGCCAUUUACGUGUGAUCGAAUUUGUAAUGCGAUUGGAACAUCUGAACGAAAUGUUAUGCUAAUGGAGGACAAUAGUGUCAUAACGGCAGAUUGUGAAAAUGCUGUCGCAUUUAAUGAGGCCAGGGGUAAUGAGCCUGGCGUUCGCAUUGAUCCCACGGAAUUUUGGAAACAAGACGAUGGAGUUCUCUUGGCAAAUUGUGCCUCAGUUACAAUCGCAGAUGUCCAAGGGGGCAGGACAAUAACCGCCAAGGAUUGCAUAAAUGGAACUCUCUUGCCACCAGGAACUUUACCAAAUUCAUCUAUGAAUUUUACCGAUUUUUGGAAAAUCUAUGCCGAAAGUAAAGUUGAAGUAGAUCCGGAACAACGAUUUUUACCCAAUCAACAUAAUUUGACAAUAUAUAAAUCCAAAAAGUUAUUUAUCAAUUUGGAGGGUUGUGUCAAUACGCUCAGGGGUGAGUGUAAAGAGUUCUGGGCCCGUCAUGGUGCAGAUGGUGACAAUAAUACUGCAAUGUCCAGAUAUCAAUGUUAUUAUAAUAAGGAUCCUAAUGUGGAGUUUGUAACGGCUAGAUAUGAUUUGAAAAAAGUUUACAAUGAACUUAUGAUAUCCCUCAUUUUACCAAUUGUGCUGUUCGUCAUUUCAUCGAUAUCACUCAUUGUCAUAACGAAAUUAGUGAAGGUUGGAGAUGAUGCCAAAAUGCGUUGUAUUUGUGCUGCAGACAACGAUGACACUGAUGAAAUAUAUUCGGCCCGUAAAAGUGUAAGGGCUAGACAGAAGGAAACCAAUGAAGCUAAUGAAAAUCUAAAUCAGUUAUCUAAUUUAGAGGAUAUGGAUAUUAGCCCCAGCGAUACACAGGGUAUGAUCGGUAGCACAAAGUAUUUAUUACCACAGAAUGCAACCAAUGAGUCGGCCAAUACGGACCACAGCAAUGAUGAUGAAAAAGCCUUAACAUGCGAUGUUCCCGAAAAACCUCUAGUUGUAAUUUAAAAUGAGAAACGAACCCACCAAAAACAAAAUAUAUAACCGAAUAUUACCAACUGCAUUAA